AUCCAUAACGAGAAAGUAGAAACCGUCACGGACACACACUGCAGUGCUAGUGCUCGGAGUUUCAUACCGCACCAACUCCAUUCCUUCUCACCAGUCACUUCUCUCUAUCUCUCUCUCUCCAACCGAAUUUUUUGUUUUUCCAUCUAAUCAAUCAACCUUCUUCUCCGGCGGAUAUGAGCGUCGUAAGAUCAUCGCCACCGCCGUGCAGCUCCGCCGUUCUCUGCAACGUCGAAUGCGAACCGUCAGCAUCGCAGGCGGCGGAGAACCUACGAUUUUCGAAGCUCUGUGGGAUUAGUGCCGCUCGAUUGCACGGUUCUCGGAAGAGAUUGGUCCUAUGCGAUGGCCGGGCGAGAUGGAACUCGUUGAAACCGAUUAAAGCGAAAGACGAUGACGACGCCGGAAGCGACUAUAGUCGCAAAUGCUCAGUGAUGUCCAAUGAGAAUGUGAAGCAAAUUAAGGAAAUGGAGGAUUCUGACUCGUUAUGGAAUGAAAACAGAGCUUCUUUUUCAGGUAAAAAUCCCUGCCAGGUGUCAAAUGUCGGAAAUUCAACAAACAUUUUGUGGCAUGACUGUCCAAUUCAGAAACGUGAUAGACAGCAGCUGCUGCAGCAAAGAGGUUGUGUUGUUUGGUUAACAGGUCUCAGCGGCUCAGGAAAAAGCACUCUUGCAUGUGCAUUGAGUAGAAGCUUGCACGCUCGAGGCAAACUGACUUAUAUCCUUGAUGGUGACAAUGUUCGACAUGGUCUAAACCGUGAUCUUAGUUUUAGGGCAGAAGAUCGUUCAGAAAAUAUACGAAGGAUUGGUGAGGUAGCAAAACUAUUUGCUGAUGCUGGUCUUAUUUGCAUCACGAGUUUAAUUUCGCCCUACCAAAAGGAUAGAGAUGCAUGCAGAGCACUAGUUCCAGAAGGUGAUUUUAUUGAGGUCUUCAUAGAUGUGCCUCUGCAUGUGUGUGAAGCUAGGGACCCAAAGGGGCUCUAUAAACUUGCUCGAGCUGGAAAGAUUAAAGGUUUCACUGGUAUUGACGAUCCAUAUGAACCACCAAGUAGUUGUGAGAUUGUAUUACAACAGCAGCAAGGAAAUGGUUUUAAGUCUCCUUGCGAGAUGGCAGAGAUAGUGAUAUCAUACUUGGAGGAAAAAGGAUACCUUAGGGCCUAAACUUUACAUUAAAUGGGGCCUUUCUUUGAUGUUGAUUGUAGCCUGUAGGCUGUGUAGGUAUAUUGUGUGUAACAUAGUCUUUUUGUUUUUUUUGUUUUUUUAUUUUAUCACUCGAAAUGUUGCUUUUCAGCAGUGCAAGGAAAUCAUCGUUUCCUGCAUGUGUAUUGUUUGCUUCCAUCUGGUUAGAACAAAUAAGGUGAAUCAGGAUGGAAAAUAUAAUAAGUUUCCUUGUUAGGGAGCUCAAGGAAAAUGAUAUAUCUUUCUUAA